AAAAAUUUUAUACUCAUAAAUUGAAUCAUAUCCAGCGAUGCAUAAUCAAAAAUAUUAGAGCUUUAUAAGGCGAACUAUAUUCACUACAGAAUCUCAUUACACUUCCAUAGUCUAGUAAACAGGAGAAGAAGAUCAUACAGAAGACUGUUGAGAGAUUAAACAAAACAGAAAAAUGGGUAGCAGUUAUUUUGGAGAAUUAAGUAUUGGUGGAGGAUCAAAUGGAAGAUCUACUAGUUCUGGGUCUGGUUCUUCAUCAAAGAAAGGAAAGAAAAGCAACUCAGACAAACCUAAACAACCACAAAGAGGACUUGGUGUUGCUCAGCUUGAGAAGAUUAGAUUACAUCAACAAUUGGGUUGUGCUUAUGUUCCUCCUAAUUCUCCUUUUCAUCAUCAUCAGGAAGAUGUGAGAGUACUAGAAACAACAUAUUCAUCGAUUCCUUCGUCUUCGUAUUCUUCAUCACCAUCUUAUGGUUAUCAUCCUCAACAUCAUCAUCCUAAUAUCAUGAUGGGCUAUAGAGAGAUGGAAGGAACUGAUGCUCGAUAUUUGGAUGCUCAAUCUUGUAAUACAACUAGAUGGAUCAAUCAAAACAAUGGUCUCUUUGGCGGUCAGUACGCCACCCAACCUGGCAUGACUAGGCCGCUAAUGAGCUUUAACUUGGAGGAUUCAGCGCAAACAAAGAAAACAAGGAAAGAUAGGUGCAACUCAAUGGGGUCGAGCAGCCAAUACUCGGGGGAAUACUCAAAUGAAGAAAUAGAUUUGGAUCUGAAGCUAUCUCUCUAAUUAGUUCGAUUUCACCCCGAUAAAUUCUUGUGCAAUUCAUAAGAAGGCAGUGGGUUUCACAUUUUCAUCUAUAAUAGUUGGUUCAACAAGCAUAACUGUGUUGAACUUUUUAAAUGUACGUACACAGAUCAAUUGCGUUAAUUUUGUUGUGGAUUAGUACUCCAUCCUUUCCUAUGCAAUGGAAGAUGAUAGAGUUAUUAUCUGCAUAAUACAUGAUAAGUUUAUAAAACAAUUCUUCUUGCUGAUAUUUUUUUCUUGACUAUUAUU